CUCGCAGAGCUGUCUGCGCCGGUUGUUCCCAGUCCCCUCAGCGGUCUCUCUGCGCCACCCUACCUCUUCCCUCGGCGCCAUGACCACUACCACUACCUUCAAGGGUGUGGACCCCAACAGCAGGAACAGCUCCCGGGUUUUGCGGCCUCCAGGUGGUGGGUCCAAUUUUUCAUUAGGCUUUGAUGAGCCAACAGAACAGCCUGUGAGGAAGAACAAGAUGGCCUCUAGCAUCUUUGGGACACCUGAAGAAAAUCCCCCAUCCUGGGCCAAGUCAGCAGGUGCCAAGUCUAGUGGUGGCAGGGAAGACUCGGAGUCUCCUGGAACACAGAGAAGUAAUUCCUCUGAAGCAAGCUCUGGAGACUACUUAGACCUCAAGGGAGAAGGUGAUAUGCAUGAAAAUGUGGACACAGACUUCCAAGCCAACCUGGGGCAGAUGGAAGAGAAGCCUGUGCCUGCUGCGCCUGUGCCCAGCCCAGUGGCGCCAGCUCCUGCGCCAUCCAGGAGAAAUCCUCCUGGUGGCAAGUCCAGCCUGGUCUUGGGUUAGCUUCUUCUGUUGGAACUCUGUCCUUCUGUUUGUUUUUCCAUGCUUGUGAACUGCACAACGUGAGCCUGACUGUACAUCUUUUGGAUUUGUUUCAUUAAAAGAGAAGCACUUUAUGUACUGCUGUCUUUUUUUUUUUUUUUUUUUUUUUUUCCUUUUCUUUUCUUCCCCUGCUUUCUCUUUCUCUGUCUGACUCCUGGGUCUGAGGGCAUGGCAUGAAUGUUUUCUAGUAGUAGACUGAGUAGUGGGCUGUUUCUAAGAACAAAUGAUCUGUUUCCUGACGUGUUAGAGACUCUUCCACCAGGGCUGUUGAUGCUGUCCUUGGCUGUCUGUGAUGGGAUGGACAGCCACAGGCCCUGCCCUGCAGCCAGUCCACCUGUACCAGCUGUCCAUAGUCAUUGCUCUGCUCUCCUUGGUGUCGCCCCAAUGAGGCAUCCUUUGCUAAGCAGCACCUUCCUGUGCCAUAUGGAAUGAUGAAAGCAGCUGUACCUCACACCCCGCUGCCUGCAAAGCAAAGGAGCUGCCUUUUGUACCCUGAAGAUGCCAGGGGUCACUUUGACUGGCCGGCUGCUGGGCAGAACCACCCAGGUGCACAAGAUGGCUUCAGGUGUACGACCACGCUGCCUUGGAAUUGCAAGGUGAAGCACACAAGGGAGGCAGUCCCAGAGUGGGGCUGUAGGUGCAGGUCCCACAGGGACCUCCUAACGGAAUAACUCAAUGAUGCCAUGUGCAUGAUGCUGGUGCUUGACCACAAAGUCUCAUCCUUGAAGCUUGUACUUCCCAGUCCUGGACUGUUGCUUAAAGUAAAUAAUCCCACCUUUUGAAGCA